AUGGCAGAAGUAAACAAUAUAGAUUUGUUCGCAAAUAUCCCACGGGAAAUCACCACAGAUGUUCUCUCAAGACUCCCCAUAGGCAGCAUCAUCGAGGCCAAAUUCGUGUGCAAGGAAUUCCGUGAUGUCAUCGAGAGCCCCGGCUUCCAUCUCUCCGAACCCCAACCGCACCUCCUCGUAAUUCCAUACACCACUACUUCUUCAUCCACAUCUUGGCACGCUAAAUUCUUGAAGUUGAAGGAUGAUGGAAUCGUCCCUAACACGGUGGCCAUCGAGUUGGCCGUCCCCGGCUACACACCCCUCCUACUUAGCUCCGUCAACGGUUUGAUCUUGCUAUCGGAGAACCACGAUGAUCUCCCCCUUCAUAAUCUCUCUAUAUGCAAUCCCAUCACCCGCGAAUAUGUCACACUUCCUAAUCCUCCCCCUCCAGAGUAUCACUACUCGCGAAACAGUAGUUUUGGACUUGGGGUGAGUAUAAGGACCCGCCAAUAUAAGGUGGUUCGGAUUGUCCAACUUGAGAGUAAAGAGUACGAAUGUCAAGUAUACACUCUGGGAACGGGGAAAUGGAGGACCAUUAUUGUGGGGACCUCACCUGUAAAGUCAAGGGCCGUGUGUUCGUUCGUGGCUUCACUGGCUGCUAGUAUGGAGUGA